AAAGAGCAGUUGUUAACCGGAUGUUACGUCAAAUCCACAAACAACCCAAGGCUGCUGAAAUUUCUCUGGAGCAAAGCAGCAUUUUCUGGAAUAACCCUAAGUGGAAAACGAUUAUAAAUCAGCACUGGGAAUUUAUCCGUCUAUAAAAGAAAACUGGGACGCUGAAGAGCAAGGUUGGAAAAAGUUCUACAAAACCAUGGUGGAAUAUUAUCAAAUUUUAGGUGUCCAAAGAAAUGCAUCUCAGGAAGACAUUAAAAAAGCGUACAGAAAAUUGGCACUAAAAUGGCAUCCAGAUAAAAACCCAGAAAAUAAGGAAGAGGCAGAGAAAAAGUUCAAGGAACUUUCUGAGGCCUAUGAAGUUCUGUCAGAUGCCAACAAGAGGAACAUGUAUGAUCGCUAUGGUAAAGAAGGUCUAACAACAAACAACAGAGGAGGUGGUGGACAUUACCACAAUGGUGAUCACUUCAACGAAGGGUUCACGUUCCGCAAUCCAGAAGACGUCUUCAGGGAGUUCUUUGGGGGUCGAGAUCCUUUUGCUGAUUUCUUUGGAGGGGAUCCGUUUGGGGAUGAGUUUUUUGGUGGAGGGCGGAGGCACCACAGGGGGGUGAGCAGGAGUCGGACGGGGGGUCCCUUCUUCGGGGGAUUCGGAGGCUUCCCACCCUUCGGUGCAGGUUUUACAGCAUUUGAACCAGGCUUUACCUCUUUUGGACACAUGGGUCACAUGGGUCACAUGGGUCAGAUGGGUCAGAUGGGUCAGAUGAGCCACAUGGGUCAUCUGGGAGGAGGAGGCGGCGGCCACGGCGGCUUCACCGCCUUCUCCACCUCUUUUGGGGGUGGGGGUGGGGGUGGAGGUGGUGGGAUGGGCAACUUCCGCUCUGUGUCAACCUCCACCAAAUUCAUCAACGGCAGGAAAAUCACAACAAAAAGAAUUGUGGAGAAUGGACAGGAACGAGUAGAGGUGGAAGAAGACGGACAGUUAAGAUCACUAACCAUCAAUGGGACAAAGCCUAAUGCCGCAGUCCUACAGGAGGAGUGCAGGCAAACUGUUACUGCACACUCCUCUAGUGCACACGCCUCCCGGGCCCCUGUUUCCCGUCCUCCUCAUCAUCAUGUAAAGACUUCCUCCCACAGUCCCAAUCCAGACAGAGAGGAGGGAAGGAGCCCUGCUUCAGGACACAGUGAAAACAAGAGGAAGAAACCCAUGCCCGAGCCCACAGAGGAUGCCAAAAAGAGAAAAACAUAAUGGAUUCAGUAUACACAUCAGAUCCUCUACAUAAACAGCUACAUCAGCUACAUAAACAACAUGUCAUUAAUAAUUAAUACACCAUAACAAGUAAUAUUGUUUAAAGAACACUUAAAUAUGGGGUGCUCAAAGCUCUUUAUCAAGCAUGCACACAUACUAUAAAUGUAUAAUCCUGACUACUUUUCUAGUAUAUGUCCUAUCUUAUGACCAUUUGAAAAUACCAAGAGCAAACAUCCCCAUGUGGUUAUAUUUGACCAAAUGAUUCAGAAAACCAUGCAAAUUACAAUUGAAAUGAUUUUAAAUUGUGACACUUGUGUUUCCUUACAUACUGUAAUGUGCAUUACUAAAGGAACACUAUGUCAAUUAGUUUAACUGCAUUAUUGGAUGGGUGAUGUGCAGGGGUGAAUUUAUGAUACGUUUUAAGGGUGGUGGUAGUUGCAAGGGGGGUGGUUAUGUGUAUUAAUAAUAGUCAAAAUCAAGGAGGAUGCACCAAGUCUUCUUUUGUUAACAAUGGUGAUACCAUACCCCAACAUUCCUUCUUAAUCGUACCCCUGGUUUGGUGUACAGUACCUUUAGUAGGAUGCUGAUGAUAAUAUAUGUGUUGUUGUUACUUCCUGGCUGCCAGUGCCCUCAGUAGAGGGUUCCAUUUGCUCUGACAGGGGAGGGGCUUGUCCCUGUAGCCCUGGAACAGCUGAGGACCGUCGUGCUCUUCUGCCUCUGAACUGAUCUCCAUCUUCUGAACGAUCAGCUUCAGAAGGUUGUGCUGCUUCUCAAUAAUAUUAGACAGUUCCUUCAACCUGGAGAAUGAAUAGAUGAUCUAUUUGAAUAGUCUCAAAAAGAGUGUAGAAUGGAAGCACUUAAUAAAACAUUUACAGAAUGCACUAAAUAUUCAUACAUGUUUUAAUACUGAUAAACUAAAUGCAGAUAAACAUUUGAAUGUUAAUACUUGUAGUGUAAUGCUCUGCUGUUGUUUUUAAAUAAGGUCAAACAAACAACUGGUGUGAACUAAGUACUUACCUGUACUUCUGUUUACUGAUUUCCUGUUCCAUAAGUGUAGGUGGAUGGGAGGUGAGGUUGAGAGUGGUUCUCUCAUACCCCAUACCCAGCAUUGAAAAUAACAUUUCUCUCUGUUAAAGGAGAUUCAAACUAUUCAUGACUAUGUCGUUUACCAAGCGCCUCCCAUACCAAAUACUAACAGUGUCCUAUGAUGGGCUUGGGAAAUCUCCAUGUCUCUCCAUUAAUAUUUCCAUGUGGAAUAUUAGUUGAUUAAACAAUCCUUUAAACUAAGUGAUUCAAAAAUGUUGUAGAUCAUCAAUAUAUAAACUAAGGAAAGUCCUUUGAGAAGAUCUCAAAAUAUUUGUUCUGUUCUUUAGUUUGAAAGCCCUUCAAUUUUAUACAAACAUUCAAAUGACAGUUAGCAACAUAUUCUUGAAAAAAAUGACCACUUGUAGAAGGGACAUACCUUUCCGUCACAGGCUCUGUUAGGGUACUCAGUGAGCGAGAUCUGAUCAACCCUCUUCAUUAACCAGUAUGGCAUUUUCUCUUCCAGACUAGUGUGAAGCUCAAUCUGUUGAAUAAUGAUUUAUAAUAUACAGUCCCGUGAAAAACUAUUUGGCCCCUUUCUGGUUCUCUCUAUUUUUGUGGCAGGACUAGAAACAAGCAGUUCAUGCUUGAAAACCCACAAAUGUCACUGAAUUAAAGCAGUUCUGCAUGCAAGAGUGGGUCAAGAUUCCUCUACAGCGAUGUGAGAGACUGAUCAAAAACUACAGGAAGAAUUUGGUUGGAGUCAUUGCAGGUGAAGGUGGCACAGCCAGUUAUUGAGUGUAAGGGGGCAAUUACUUUUUCACACAGGGGAAUUUGGUGUUGCAUAACUUUGUUAAUUAAAUACAUAAAAUAAG